UGUGUCUGCUCAAGUGCGAUUAGCACCGACUCGCCAAAUCCCCCCCACGCCCGCUUCCCCUCCCCGGGCCAUUUGGGGCAUGCACGCGCCCGCGCCCCGUGUUUACACGGCGGCGCCUUCGCGCGGAGCCUUUUUGUGGAUGGCGCUGGCAGAUGAGCCGGGGGAGGUGGGGGCUCCGCGCCGCGCAGCGCCCGCCGCCGGCUAUAAAAGCCUCCGGGCCCGCGGGAGGCAGCGCCAGGCGAGCGGCCGCGGACCGGCGGAGGAUGGAGGGGGGCUACCCCCCCCGGGCGCUCUCGGCGGCCCUACCCCCGCAGGGCUACUCGCCCCUCUCCUCCUCCCGGUGCGGGGGGCGGCCCGGUCCUGCCCUGACGGCCUUGCCCUUGCCCCGCAGCCCUGCGCCUUUCUGGAGACCGUGGGUGCCCGCGCCGGGUGAGGCGGCCCGGCGCAGCAGCCCCGGCCCCACAGCGCCUCACAGCCCCGGCGGGCUGGCGGAAGCCUCCCGAAAGCUGGCGCAGUACACGCACCCCGUCAGACUAUUUUGGCCCAAAUCAAGGUGCUAUGAUUACUUGUAUCAGGAAGCUGAAGCACUUCUGAAAAACUUCCCAGUUCAGGCUACAAUUUCCUUUUAUGAAGAUUCGGAUAGUGAAGAUGAUGAAGAUGAACUGGAACAAGAUUCAAGAACAGAAUCAGGUUGCUGAUUGCAGGAAAGGCCAAUGCCACUUCUAAGAUGUAAUUUAAACUUAAUAUAAAUAUGUAUUAUAGUAUUUUUAAAGAUAAUUUAUUUCUAUGUAAGUUAUUCUUAAUAAAAUUGAGAUGUCUUGUAAUUUUA